UUAUCUUAUUCCAAUUCUCUCACUGCCUCUAGCUCAUCGAACAGCAGGCUAGGACUUGCGACUAUGGCAGACCCUUCCCCUUCAUUACCCAGUCUAACGGCAUUAAUCUGUUUUCCAGGAGCCGCAUACACUCAGAAGUGCGCUCUCGAUGCUGCAAAGAAGGUCUUGCAGCCAAAGGGCUGGACAGUGGUCGAUGGGUGCAAGUCGGCCGGUGGUAGCGAUCCGACAGCGUACGACACUCUUGUUUCAGCCCCCAAAGGUGCGAGUGCAGAGCACGCCCUUUACUUCACGGACUAUGAUUUGCUGCCCUUUGAGCAGCUGCUGGGAUCCAAACACCAGCAGUGCAGCUCCUACGUCAUUCGAAAGGCGCUCAUACGCAAGCAUCACCUUGCGCAUUCGAUUCACGCCCAUUCGCUCAAAAUCGGACCGCAAGCCAUCCCAACACAUCUUCCCUUGACCCCCAGAACUUGGUUCUUCGAGCUGCAGUUCGCAGACGAUCUGGACGAAUUGCUCAUGGAUGAGCUUUACGACCUACGGGAUUCGAUGCAAGCCCAAGAAGAUGAGACGCAGGAAGCACAGUGGUUCAUCUUGAAACCCGGCAUGGCCGAUCGCGGCAACGGCAUCAGGCUCUUCAGAGACGAAGAUGGGCUGAGGAGCAUCCUGGAAGAGUUGGAAGGAGGUAGCGAGGAAGACGCGAGCGAAGCCGGGAGUGGAGACGAAGCAGGAGGUGGAAUGUUGGGACAGCUACGCCACUUUGUCAUCCAAGAGUACAUAAGACGACCUUUACUUUUGGCGCCCAGGAAUGUCGAUGCCACCGAGCGUAGCGAGCGCAGCGACGAAGCAGCACCCUCCAGAAAAUUUCACAUUCGCGCUUAUGUCCUGUGCACAGGCGGCCUGCAAGUCUACCUUUGGGACGACAUGCUGGCGUUGUUCGCUCCUCUGGCCUACAGAGACCCCACCUCGAAAGGCGACGCAGCAUCAGAAGAGCCAGAUCCGAGGAUACACCUCACAAAUACCUGCUUGCAUGCUGAUGGACAGCCAUCGGCCGACGGGCGACCUGCAGAGGAGAACGUCUAUCUGCUCGAGAACCUUGUAGGCUGCACCGCGACUGACGGCAAAUCGCAAGCAUCGACUGGGUCAUUCUUCACUCCGACACAAUACGAGCGCAUCAAGUCACUGACAGCUCAAACCAUCGGACGGACAUUUGAAGCAGCUGCAAGAGCAGGAAGCAUUCAUUGGCAAACCUGGCCCAAUGCGUGGGAAAUCUUUGGCGUGGAUCUACUCGUCGGCUGGGACCCCGAAGCGUGUUCGCCAGGUGACGAAGCGCUUCGAGUAUGGCUUCUUGAAGUCAAUGCUCAACCCGACUUUGCGCAGAGCGGGGCUCGACUAUCGUCCACGAUCGAGUCUCUGUUUCGUCGGUCCAUUGAGGUGGCUGUGCUGCCAUUCUUCGAGCAAACGAAGGAAGGACAUGAGAGGUCGGAGCCAAGAGUCGGCACGUCGCAGAAUGGCAUGACCUUGUGCUUGGAUGCAGAGCUAAGCAGAGCGUGGUGAGAAGCUCCAACGGUGCUCUACACGGGCCUGCAUCAAAGCGAGUGACAGUGCUGGCCUUCGACAUCUAGCAUAGUCUGUGCACUUCAUCGCACGCGCGUUUAGGCGUUCUCGAGACUAUAGCCCAGCUGGCGACCCUUGGCAUGCGCGUCCAUGACCAGCAGAUUGCGCCACACUAGUCAGACGAAGCAAGCAAACAUCAGCAGGUGC